CUCGCCUUCUGGAGAGUGGCAGUCCCGGGACCGCUUGUUUCCUUCCCGCUGUGGGCUCAGUCCGGGCAGGCGACGGUGGCCGGCAGGGAUGAUGGAGUCGGUGCGCGCCCAGCGGCUGCAGCCCGGGUGAACGUUGUGGAAGCUCUUCAGGAGUUCUGGCAGAUGAAGCAGUCCCGUGGUGCUGAUCUGAAAAACGGAGCCCUUGUGGUGUAUGAGAUGGUCCCUUCCAACAGCCCCCCUUAUGUCUGCUAUGUCACCUUGCCUGGGGGGAGUUGCUUUGGCAGCUUCCAGUUCUGUCCGACCAAGGCUGAAGCCAGGAGGAGUGCUGCAAAGAUUGCACUAAUGAAUUCUGUCUUUAACGAGCACCCCUCUCGGAGGAUCACAGAUGAGUUCAUUGAGAAGAGUGUAUCGGAAGCUUUGGCAUCUUUCAAUGGUAAUCGAGAAGAAGCCGAUAACCCGAACACUGGAAUUGGUGCUUUCCGGUUCAUGCUGGAAUCCAACAAGGGAAAAUCGAUGUUAGAGUUUCAGGAGCUGAUGACUGUCUUCCAGCUGUUGCAUUGGAAUGGUAGCCUUAAAGCCAUGCGAGAGAGGCAGUGCUCGCGACAGGAGGUGCUGGCUCACUACUCACACCGGGCUCUGGAUGACGACAUAAGGAACCAGAUGGCCAUGGACUGGGUGAACAGGGAGCAGAACACCCCCGGCGCCCUUUCCAGAGAGCUAUCCUCGACGGAGAGGGAGCUGGAUGACGCCCGACUGGCUGGGAAAGAGCUGCGUUUCCACAAGGAGAAGAAAGACAUCCUGAUGCUGGCAGCCGGCCAGCUGGGGAGCAUGCACUCCUCCCACUGCUAGACUCGGCACGCAAACCGUUCUGCUUCCCCGGGCCUACUAGCAGUUCCACGUUGAAGGGCUCUGUACUGGAUCACUUAGAGCAUACAGCUGCCUCUUUUUCCCCCCCCCUUCCCCCCUCCCGA